AUGGACAACUCCUCUCAACUUUGCAAACUUUUUGUCGGUGGAUUGAACGUAGAUACCGACGAUGAUGGACUCCGCAAGCAUUUUGAGCAGUACGGUCAACUGACUGACUGCGUUGUGGUUGUGAAUAAGCAACUACAGAGGUCCCGCUGUUUCGGCUUUGUAACCUACUCGAACGCUGAGGAGGCAGAUGCAGCAAUGGCGGCAAGGCCACAUGUCGUUGAUGGCACCAACGUGGAGUUGAAGAGAGCGGUCGCUCGUGAAGAUGCCGGUAAACCCGAGGCACUUGCCAAGGUUAAGAAAAUAUUCAUCGGGGGACUGAAAGACGACAUCGAAGAUGAACAUCUGAAUGAGUAUUUUUCCCAGUUCGGCGAGAUCGAGAAGGCCGAAGUUAUCGCAGAGAAGGAAACCGGAAAGAAAAGAGGAUUCGGCUUUGUUCACUUCACAGAUAACGAUUCGGCUGAUAAGGCAGUGGUACUAAAGUUCCACAACAUCAAUGGGCACAAGGUGGAGGUGAAGAAAGCCCUCACCAAGCAGGAGAUGCAAGCUACAGGCCGUGGUGGUGGUAGGGGCGGAAGAGGCAUGAGAGGAGGACAAAAUGGCUUCGGAGGCGGGAGAGGUGGUUACGACAGCUACGGGGGUGGUUUCGGUGGGGGCUAUGGUGCCAGUGCUGGUGGCUAUGGCGGUAGCUACGGAAGUGGAGGCUAUGGCGGGGGUUAUGGGGGAGGCGCAAGCUACGGAGGUGGCUACGGCGACCAGAUGGGAGGUUAUGGUGGCGGCAAUGGCUACAGUGACUUUGGCAGUGGGUACAGCCAGCAGUCCUCCGGUUAUGGUCCCAUGAAAGGCGGCACCAACUACGCCGGUAGGAGCCCUGCUCCAUACGCCCCCCGAGGCGGUGCGGGUGGCUACAAUAGAGGGGCGUAUGGCGGCUACUAAACCAGUUGUUACGAUAGACUAUUUGAAAAUUAAUCUCCUCUUCAACACCAUCAAACCCGUCUGAUCUUCAAACCGAACUCAAAUUCAGUCAUCGGGCAUCUGGCAAAAUGCGGACACUGUGAAACCUAAUCAUUUAAGAAGACCUCAAAACCAAACAGGUAGGAAGAUCACUUCCCAGAACCUGAUUUGCACGACCAGCUCUUGCUAUAGGACACGUUCGAAUGCAAAAUUUACAUUUAUCAUUUAUGUUCCAAGAUGAGGGCGUGUAGCUGGCUGUCGUUAGUUGGCCUGAGUUUUAUUUUACUUAUGCGUACUUUCGUUUUGAGUUUAGUCUUAAUAUUGUUUUGUUUGAUAUACUAUACGUUCUCUUAUCUACACUUUAGCAAGUAAUAAGGAAUUCCCCUUGGAUCUAGUCUACAGGGGAUAGGACGCAUGUGCUAUAGAAUUUGAUUUAUUAGCUAUGACUAUGUAAAUGUAUAAUUUGUCCACUAGCCUAUAGGUUGUAGGUUACGCGUAUUUGGUGGGCCGGAUCCAGUUUAAACGUUUCAUUUUUCUUGCCAAAAUGUUUUGUAAAUCAACGAAGUACGUCACAGUAAUUUCCCUACACACAUAGCGUCCAGCUAUGAGCUUAAUGUUCAUUCAUUUACUACCAUCAAUAUCUCAUGUAUAUUGUAUAAUCUGUCUGAAGAUCAAACUACAAUUGUUAAGCAUUGGUAUGCAUAUGUAUGUUCAUUUUAAAUAAAAAGUUAAACAAACUUAGCUAGUUAUUUUACUCAUUUUACCAGGAUGCAUUAAGUCCACUUCUGAUAUUGGUUAUAUUAUGUGACUUAUUUGACUCUUUUAAUAUUAGCUUCAUGGUAUUUCUUCCAUUACACUGCCUAACUAAGGUGGGUGAAGAAGGGAUUGCAGUUUGCCCAUGGCCAAUGCAUGGGGGCAUUGUUGGUUGGCAAUAACAAAUUGUUCCAUAAGGUUUACUGGCUUUUGAAUAUUGUGGAUCAUUUUAUCUUUGAUUCCUACAUUUAGGUGUUCAUACUUAUCCAAGUACGCCAAAAUAGCAGUGUCAGUUUGACUUUAUACAGGGUCCCUGUGCAAUACCUGGGGUCGAUUGUCAUAGGAUUCUGAAAUAUCUCUUUAGGAUCACAUCCAGCAAACUAGGUAUGUAAAUCAACCUGUCUUUACUGUGUUGGUCAAGUAUUCAGAUAUGGUUUUGAAAUGGUACUGAAAUGUACUCAUUUGAUUUCACUUAUUGCUAGUUCUUGUAUUUAUCCAUAGUUGAUCUUAAUCUUAAUUUGCCUUUUGCAGCUUUUUAGUUUAAGAGUGGUUUUUACUGCACUUGGUCCUAAAUCUAAAAUAAGGGGCUGAGGAGAUUAAGUGCAAUUUCUACCGUAAUCUGAAUUGGUAUGUGUUAGGCCUGCCUCCUGUCAUGGCAUGAUUAUUUUUAUCUGCAUUGUCUCAUUCUUUACUCUCAUCCUUUCUCCUCCAGGUAGCCAUGGUGACCUGACUGCCAGGAAACCAAUCUGGCAAUGACUUGGUUCCAUCAAGACCUGGGGGGUGGGGUUGCAACUAAGGCUGUCCCACUGCCACAGUUGAUUUGGAAUACCAGGACCUCCUGACCAUUUUUAUAAUCUGGUAUUGUUCUCGUACCCUUUUGUAGGAAGACAUUUACAUUUUAGUCAUUUAGCAGACGCUCUUAUCCAGAGCGACUUACAGUUAGUGAGUGCAUACAUUUUCAUACUGACCCCCUGUGGGAAGACUGGGUGUGAAUGUUAGAUCAUCACAUACUAUGGAAAAAUGGACACUGCAUUGUUGAAGCUGACAUUCUAUGUAUUUCAUUAUUUGCUGCAAUAGAAAAAUGUUUACAUUUUUAUUAUUUAUUUUAUAUAAAUUGUUUUAAUUGGAAAAUGUACAAUUGCUGAACAUUGUGUUACAUGGGAGUUUUAGCCUAUGGCUUGCACUCCUAACUCAAAUGUUGGUAAAAUAGUUACUCAUACUAAUCUGUUAAUUCAAAUAAUUAGCUUGUUCUUACCUUUUUAAACGGGGAGCUAAUGUUUUCAGCAUUUCUUUCCAUGACUGAUCAAAAUGUAUUUUCAUGACUUGUCCCUCUGCAGCAGACAUGGUUAGUGAUGUUUGCAAUAAAACCAGUACCGAAUCGCAAUACAUAUUGUGAUAUCAUGCAGUCCCUGACAACUCCCAGCCCUAAUGCAGAUAUGCCAUGUCUGAUUUUCUAAGGUACAUGUCAGAAGUUUGUUCUGCAAGAUUGAUUUCUAUAUGCAGUGUGUGUUCCACAAGUGCCUGCUAUCUGACACUUGACUGUGCAAUGGCAGUAUUUUUCAUGGUUAGGGGAGAUAAAGGUGGAACACAGCAUCAACCCUGCUUUGAGUGCACACAUCAGUGGCAUAAUGUGCUAGAAGUGGACACUGGAAUGAGGUAUUGGGGGUAUACUACAAAGCAGGAUCAAGGAUUUAGCCAGCGAACUAGCCUAAAUAUUCUGUGCGUGAAUGGGUAUUGAUUUAUAGGGGGUCUGAACGAGUCUUAUUUGAGUUAUAUUGACGUUCUGGAUCAUACAUAUAUCGUUUUCUGGUUGCUUAUCAAAGUUACCUGGCUAACUCAUUGAUGCUGCUUUGUAGUAUACCCCUCUGAAUUAGUGAUUCUAGCUAAGUACGUGAUGGAUAGUGCGAGUUGACAAAUUAGGAAAACAGCUAUUUGAAUAAAAUGGUGGGAUUUGAGUGGAACAACCAAUCAGGACUGGUGAUUAAUUUCCCAAUCCUACGUCAGACGUCCUUGCGUCAGCGCUCGCUGCUUUCAAAGGGAUACGAUUUUGUCAGGUUCAAUUGUGUUUGCUCCAUAACAACUCGGUUAGUAAUCAUGACCAACCAACUUUGCAAGCUGUUUGUCGGUGGAUUGAACGUCGAGACUACAGACGAUGGACUUCGGCAACAUUUCGAGCAGUACGGCCAGUUAACCGACUGCGUAGUGGUCCAGAACCAACAGCUACAAAGGUCCCGGUGCUUCGGCUUUGUAACCUACUCAAGCGCGGAGGAGGCCGACGCAGCCAUGGCCGCCAGGCCACAUGUCGUCGAUGGUACCAACGUGGAGUUAAAAAGGGCAGUUGCACGGGAAGAUGCCGGUCGGCCAGAGGCACUCGCCAAAGUUAAGAAAAUAUUUAUCGGUGGGCUGAAAGACGACAUAGAAGACGACCAUUUGAAUGAUUAUUUCUCUCAAUUCGGCGCAAUUGAGAAGGCCGAAGUCAUCAGUGACAAACAGACUCUCAAAAAACGAGGAUUCGGCUUUGUCUACUUUGAAGAUAAUGACUCUGCCGACAAAGCAGUGGUGCUGAAGUUCCACACAAUCAAUGGGCACAAAGUGGAGGUGAAGAAGGCCCUCACCAAGCAAGAGAUGCAGUCAGCCGGCGGUCGGGGCAGAGGCGGGCGAGGAAUGAGGGGGUCUCAAAAUGGCUACGACGGCGGAAGAGGUGGCGGCUACGGCAGCUAUGGCGGUAGUUAUGGAGGAAAUGAUGGCGGCUACGGUGGAGGAUACGGCAACGGAGGUGGUUACGGUAACCAAGGGGGAUACGGAGGAGGUUAUGGAGAUCAAAUGGGGGGCAGUUAUGGUGGGAACGGUUACAAUGACUUUGGCGAAGAUUACGGACAGCAGUCCUCCGGCUAUGGUGCAAUGAAAGGGAGUAAUUAUUCAGGCAGGAGCGCUGCACCGUACUCCCGUGGAGGCGCCAGUGGUUAUGGCAGGGGUGGAUAUGGAGGUUAUUAGACACCGUUGACCACAUUUGACCCAAUCAUUUGAAAUGUUCUGAAUUUCUGAUUCAUUGACCUGCAUUUACACACACUGGUCGAAGUUCCCCAUUUAUUUGUUGCUACUAUUUAAGUACACGUGCCCCUAUCCUUCCUCCCCUAUCCUAGCCCCUCCAUCUGGACUACACCAUUGUCCCUAGGCGGCGCUACUAAAGACAUUAUGGACGACUUUAUUACCCGUUCACUUUUCUGACUUGUCAAUGUAGUUUAGUGAUUCCUUUCAACAUUUGUUUUAGUAUUUAAUUGUAGUUAACGUCGCUGCUUCCAAGACUUUCGUAUGAUACUGUAUGCCAUUAGUACCAGCCAGGUUAAUAACAAGACAUAUUGUUUAGCAACAUGAAACUCAGGGGUAUUAAUGGAGUUGAAAGCAGUCUUAGUGUAUGCUUGAGUGUUUUAAGAUCAUAAUAUUUCGAGUCAAAGUAUUUCAAUCAUUUAUGGUUAUUGUAUUAUUAUACUUUUUUAAAUGGUUACCUCCGAAUGCUUUUCUCCGUCCAAGAUGUACUAUUCAAUACCUUGCGAAUCAAUGCAGUUUUGUGGAAUGUUACUUAAAUCCUGAAUAUUAAUUAGUUGGCUAUUGAGCCUCACUCUUGGCUGUAUUAAAGUUUUUAAAGUUUGAAAGCAAUCAGUGCUUAUUGUCAAUUUUAACCAUUCUGACCUCUUGUUUCAAAAGAUAAUCAAGUUGUAAGACUUCAGAUCAUUCAGGAUCACAGUUGUAUCAUGAGGGAGUUGCACACCCUACUGACAUACUAUCACUGGUGACUUUCCUGUUCAGGAAUGGACUAAUCUGGGACUGUGCUAACUGGCCUACAGUCAAGCAUUUUUUAGGCCCUCUGUUUUCCUGUGUUACGCAAAUACUAAAAAUCAUCAUUGCUAAUACUGUAAGCCUUUUUGAAUCACAUUUUCAAUGAGAGGGAUUCUUGGUUUAUGAGGUUGAUUAUUUUAUUUUUUUAGCAGUGACUACGGUUUUGCAGGUAACUUAUCCCAUGUCAAUAGACACAGGUGUCUGACACGUUUGGAUAAUGGCAGUGAGGAUUGUGAUUUUUUUCUCCAGUACAUCUGAUAUACAGCUUGUCAACACUCCCAAUUUUCUUGCUGCACACUUAGCAAAAAAUAAACUAGUCCAUACCAUUACAUAUCAUUCUAGGUUGUCCUGUUCAAAUUUCAUGACAGGCCUGAUUUUAAUUUAGAUUAUUCCAAUGUGCACAAUCAUUAGGUCUAUGAUUAUGGAAAUCUGCAAAAUGUCGGCAUUUACCGUUUUUGCUGUCAAAAAUGAUUAUUAUUUACUAUAAUAGGCCAAAAAAUGGUUCGCCACUAGGAGGCUUGUACUCAUUACGUCAACCCCAACCAUCUGUCUCCCCCGUGAUCUGUCUACAUCCGCCAUUUUAGACACCGGGAGAAUCAUCGUCAAGUCGGUGUUGACAUAGCUAAAUUGCAUCAAAGCAAGAUACUAGAGAUGGAAAAUGAACUCUGCAAGCUCUUUGUUGGUGGGCUAAAUGUUUACACCACUGACGAUGGCCUUCGUAAACACUUUGAACAGUAUGGCGAGCUAACCGAUUGCGUAGUUGUUCAGAACCAGCAACUACUGGCUGGUCUCGUUGUUUUGGUUUUGUAA